GUAAUUGUGCCGUGGCUGUCUCAUCCCAUUGGAGAAGAAGCUUCGACUUUUGUCUCGAGUUUUUGAGGCAUCGAAUUCGAAGCUCUUAAGCACACAAAUACAAAAUACUGUGAGACUAGCUUUGUAAAAACAUUCCCAAAAUUUUUUGUUUCCAAAAACAACCAAAAAAAUGGUGCAAGAUUCAGAGUCGGAGAAGAGAUUCCAUACGAUUAUGGACAAGCUUUUUCACGCUCCCAAUCCCAAAUCCUCCAGUUCGUCUGGGCCUCAAUUAUCGAGAGGAAGAAAACGUCCAAACCCAUCAUCAGCGUUAGCACUAGUGGAACCUAGAUCGCGAGGGGAUAUAAUUGAGGGAUCGCAACAUUCAUCAGCUUUAGUGGGAACAUCUCAAGCACCAAUUUGUCGGCCGUGGGACCGUGGAGAUCUUAUGAGGAGAUUAGCCACAUUUAAGUCUAUGACGUGGUUUGCCAAACCCAAGGUAGUCAGUGCUGUGAAUUGUGCUAGGAGAGGUUGGGUCAAUGUAGAAAUGGAUAUAAUAGCCUGUGAAGCAUGUGGAGCACGUGUCCUCUUUUCUACUCCAUCAUCUUGGUCUCAGCAGCAAGUUGAGAAGGCAGCCUUGGUAUUUAGCUUAAAGCUGGACAGUGGACACAAAUUACUCUGCCCAUGGAUUGACAAUGCCUGCGAUGAAACACUGGCGCAGUUUCCACCUACAACACCUCCAGCUUUAGUUGAUAAAUUUAGAGAACGUUGCUCUGUGCUCUUACAACUUUUAGCUCUUCCUGUAAUAUCAUCUUCAGCCAUUGAGCACAUGAGAAGCCCUCAGCUGGAACAAUUUCUUGAACAAUCUUCAAUUCUGGAAUAUGGUGAUAUAUCUAAUGACAAUUAUCAAACAGAAUACCUGGCCAAUGAAUGUGAAGCAGAAUCUGCCAAUUUGUAUCAUCAGGCACAAAAGCUCAUAAGUUUGUGUGGUUGGGAACCUCGUUCACUACCUUAUGUGGUCAGCUCCAAGGAUGGAUCUAAUCAGUCUGCUAAAAAUGGAAAUACAUCAACUCCCUCUUCUUUAUUUGCUAAUAGACAGUACCCUAGCAUCAAUCUUAAGUCUGCUAGCAUCGACAAAAUUACGGAGGCUGAUGAAAAUUCCAAUAUUUCUACUGGAGUACAGUCUGAUACCCAUUCUGUUGUUUUAGAUUGUAAGCUUUGUGGAGCCAGUGUUGGAUUAUGGGCUUUCUCUACAGUUACACGGCCCAUGGAGUUAUUCAGAUUAGUUGGUUACACAGAAGUCAAUAGUGAAAAUGGUCCUGGAACCCAUGAUUUAGGGAACAUAAAUGAGGUUGUUGAUGAUGGUGGAGGUGUUAUCAGUACUACUGCAAGCGGUGCAACAUCAUUGAAGGAGGGCCCAAAAAAUUUAAACUUGACUAUUGCAGGGGGUCCUCCACCAACAAAACAGAAUUUUAAAGCAACCAUUUCUUUGCCUGUUAUUGGCCAGAAUUUAAGGUCUCGGUUUUCUUAUGAUUCUGAAUUUAGAGAUCGUAUAUAUGUUAACGAAGCAGAGAUUCGAUCUGAUUUUCAGAAUAAGAAUUUAUUUCAGGAGAAAAAUGACCGCACAAAGAACACUGAUAUUGAACACUUGGGGCUGUUAAAUAGCAAUAGACGUGAUCAUGGAUGGUGUAGUUCUACAUGCAAUGAUCAGUCACAUUGUUUGAACCAUGGCAUUACUGAAAAAGAUGAUGCUCUUAGAAAAGAGAAUGACAAUGAGAUGUUGGAAGGAACAAGUUUCGGUGGGCAAGGAACUUCACCUGAAGUUGGUAGGCACAAUUCUAUUGAAGAAGGUAUGAUUGAGGGCACGCAAAAUGUGGCACAGAGUUCCAGUCAGAAUGGCAUUUUGCCUGAAAAUGAUGAGAUUAUUAUUUCAGAUUCUUUACCAGCAGAGGAUUCGGGUACUUCUCAGGUUAGAGACCCUUCUAUUGUAGCACCAGAUUCUGAUGUCACAACUAGAAAUGGUGAGAGUAGCAAAGAUGACUCCCUGGUGGUGGUUGCACCUGCAAACUGCAAUUUGCAACAGAUUUCAGGAACAGAUAAAGUACAAUAUAAAGAAAUUUCUUUAGCUACCAAUAGAAUGCAGAUUCCUGAAAACAAUGAAUCCAUGAUCUGCAGUACAGGAAAAGAUCUGAUGCGGGUAGUUUCAGACAAAGCAAUGGAGUUUGACCCAAUCAGGCAGCACAGACAUUUUUGCCCUUGGAUUGCAUCAACAGGCAAUGGAGCACCUGGGUGGAAACAAACACUCUCUGCUUUACUACGUCAAAAAGGGGUUUCUACUUCACCUGAGAACUCUUCAGCUGCCUCCAUAAUUAAGGUAGAUGAUCCCAUCACUUCAGUCAGGAGGCUUUUCAUGUCUCCAUCUGCAAAAAGAAUGAAGACAACUCCUCUAUCAAGCCACAGCACCAAGCAUUAGCCAACUGAUUUUGCUGUGCAUCCUUGGGUUAUCUGAAAUUUAUGACAGUUGAUUUUCUACCAUUGAUUUGGCAGAAAUCGUAUGAGCUUGAGGUGAUGCAUUUGUCUUGGCAUGCAAUCCAUUUUGAAUAACUCCUGGAAAUGUUGUGUUUAUUGUUACUGAGUUCUUGUCACAAAUGUGGUUUGCUGCCAAACUACCGGUUGAGAAUCAAAACUGUAACUUUUACCUUAUUGGAGAGGCAACUUACAAUACUAAAAGAAUGUAUUGAGGCUUUUUUUUUUUU